GGUCCAAGUGAAUCCACAUUAGCGUCACUGCCCGACGUCACGUUUUAUAUUUCUUUUGUGCGGAACAGCCGUCGAGUGUGAUCCGCCUUCGGCCAAAUAGGUCGUGGCGUUGCGUUUCCCCCGAGUCGUCAGACUCCGCCUACCGAAGGAGCAAAGGGCUGGAGCAGUGGUUGCAGUGUGUGUCAAGAGCACAAAGGACAGGAGCCUCUCUAGCACCUUCAUUGCUAAUUUCUCCCAUGUAGCGUUGGAGACCUCAGCUCAGGGACGUUUUUUUUCUCAAGAGUUUGGCAAUUUUGUUUAUGCUCUGCGACUGUCUUCCUUCUUUCCGCUUGUUCGGGGUGUGCCUUCUUAAGGAAGCAACAUUCGGAUCGCUUUUGUUCUGCGAGAGCCAGAAGCAGCAGAUAUGGCAGUGAGGCAAAGAAUCUUCAACUCCACCGCCCCGUUCUCCGGGGCGCCGCUGGCCGACCUGAAGACCUCGUACCCAAAAUGCACAGCUGUCGAGAAAGGGACGCAGCAGCAUCACAAACGGGAGCGGCAAAAGCAGCAAGGGGAAGAGGAGGAAGUGGACGAAGAGCAGUGGAAGAGCAGCAAAGUGGACUACAUUGCACGCUUGAGCCCGCUGUUGAACAAAGUGCUGACUCAGGGCACUGCCGAGCAAGUCGGAGAGGCACCGCUGAAGAGCUCCGCCUUCAUUGCACAGGCUGAAUGUGAAACCCAGGAUUCCCAAGAAUUUAGUCCAUCUUGUUUUGAGCGUUCCUACGUUCCUUCCUCGAGCUGUUGCAUCAUCAGUCUGCAGCCGGAGCACAACAACGUGGCGUGUCCGACCACCGCCUCCGUCCAAGCGCCGGUCCCGCUCAACCCGAAGAAGAAGCCCCGCAAAAGGGUGAAGCGCAAAGCCCGGAAAAAGGUCCCCUGGGAGACGAAGAAGAAAGAGGAGGGGGAGGAGCAACGUAGCAGCUACCACACAGAUACCGCCGUGCCCUCUGGUGUCCCCGAACAAGAAAGUGGAAGUUCUCUGGAGCACACCGGAGAAGAUUCGCCGCAAGGACGAAGCAGCCCCCUCAUUUCCUCCUGCUGCAGCAGCGUGAAGAGCUCAGAGGAGGAGGAUGUAGCGCCCCCUGUCUACGGCGCUAAGCUCUACAACACGGGCUCCAGCUGCUCCCCGCUGGCCUGGGCUGAACUCUUCCCAGGCACCUCGCCUAGCCUCUGCUCCUACGCGCCGGACAGCGACUCGCUCAGCAGCGCCGGCGACUGCUCGCUGGCCCUCGUCGGCCUGCGGGGCAGCGUCAGCCAGGGCGACCCGUGCUACGCGGGGCCCUUCUUUAAGGAGGUGGCGCGCGGCGCUUGGGAAGAGGAAGAAGACGUGUGGCGGUCCGUCGACAACGAGGGGAUCAUUUUUUACAACGAGAAUAUCCAGCCUGUUGAUGCAGAGUAUAAGGAAGGAACGGAGUUUGUCCUAUCGGAGUUUAUCAAGGGAGGCUCCUACGGCGAAGUCCACGGUGCUCGAGAUGUCAACACAGGCUUCAAGUUUGCUGUCAAAAAGAUUGCCCUGAAGAGGUUCAACAGCGAGGAGGUGAGCACGUGGAGUGCCCUCCGAUCUCCUCGCAUCCUAGAGCUCUUCGGAGUUGUCCGAGACGGGCCUUAUGUUUUCUUUCUCAUGGACCACAAAACUGGCAAGUACUUCUUCAGCCUUACCCGCAAUAAUCAUAUAGCUAUAAAAAUAAUAAUUCACCGUGUCCAUCCAGGCUCGCUAGGCCAGCUGAUAAAGCAGCACGGGCGGCUGCCAGAGGACCUGAGCCUCUUCUACCUGUUGCAAGUCGCAACAGCGCUCGAGUACCUGGCCAAGAAGAAAGUGGUGCAUCUUGAUGUUAAAGCCGACAACGUACUGCUGUCCGAGGACGGCAGAGACUGCUUCCUGUGCGACUUUGGCCACGCCGAGAGAUUGGACGCUGCCGGGCUAAGUCUCAGCGGGUCCCGAGCAGACCUGAAGGGUACCGAGACGCACAUGUCCCCUGAAAUGGUGAAAGGCGAACCCCGUGGAGACAGAGCAGAUGUGUGGAGCAGCUGCUGCAUGUUACUGCACAUGCUCAACGGGUGCCAACCUUGGACUAGAUAUUACACUUGUCGACUCUUCUUAAAGAUCGCCAACGAGCCGCCGCCGCUCCAAGAAAUCCCGCCCGACUGCGGCCCCCUCACGGCGAACUUGAUUAAGGCGGGACUGCAGAAGGAUCCCAACAAGAGAGCGUCAGCCAGUGACAUGAAGGAACACGCGGCCAGAGCGCUCAAGCAAGUUGGGGGACUCAGAAGCCCAUGGAACAUAUCCUACAAGGAGCCUCUUUAUUUCGCCAACAAACCUCCGGACUUCCUACCGUCGGAGCGAGAAGACGAUGAGGAGAAGAAAACGGACCGGAGUGCGAUUGUGAACGACAGCGAUGAAGACGAAGCUGACACUUGUGAGCGAGGACAACAUUUUCAUUCAAACCAGUCAAAAAAUAGGAGCGCCAACACUGUUCCGGAACUUGAGCUGCGUAAACUGGAGCGAGAUUUCUAUCUGAGCAGCCUUUCCCAGCUUCACUCUGCUGAGAUGCAAGAACAGCUCUUGUCUUGUCUCAGCAGCGACACCUACUCCAUCCGCGAUCCGUGGGACAAAAAGGACUCGGGCCGCUGGUCUCUGAGCCCGGCUGAUGACUACAGCUCGGGAGUCUGCAGCGACACCAGCCAGCUAGACAGGCAGCAGAGCGUCAGUCUGGACCUGCUGGGCCAUUCGCCGCCUCAGCCGUGCUGUUUCCAAGGGGUGGACGUCUGUAUCAGAGACUUCAACGGGACAACCAUCCAAAUCCGAGAGACGCGGCGGGUGAAGGUGGGCCACAUCGCCACCGGUAUUAGCGAUCAGAUCUCUGAGAGAGUUUUCACAUUGGAGACGCAGCUGGGCUGCACAGUGGCUUACGACGACGAGGUGCAAGAGUCGGGCUUGAAGCUUUGCUGCGUUCUGGCUCCUGACUUCAGCGGCUCCUGGAGGUGGAGGAUCAGAGACGGAGUGCUGGAAACUAGAUGAGCGUUAAACAAAAAUGAAAUCACUGACAUGAUUUCAUGUCAUCUUCUGGCUUUUGUUGCCCCUCACAGCCAUCAACAUCUAGAUCUUCUUUAUAGGUCUGUGACUAUGUGGCUGAAUUUUUUAAUGCUGAUCCUGUACUUAACCUUAAUAAAAGACUGAAUCAUUACAUA